CAAAGACAGACACAGCAAAGUUACCAAAAACCUUAGCGCCAGUCCUGAAGUAUUCGAGCUCAGGGACUUUCGGUUUCGUUCGAUCCAAUCCUUUAGCCAAAGUUCAGCGAUGGCUUCUCGUCAGGCGCAUCCUGCCAGCUACCACGCCGGCGAGACCGAGGCCCGUGCCGAGGAGAAGACGGGUCAAGUGAUGGGUGCGGCGCAGGCGAAAGGGCGGGAGGCCAAGCACAAGGCGUCCGCCGCCGCGGACCGCGCCAUGGGGGCUGGCCACGACGCCAGGGAGGCGACCAGGGAGAAGGCGCGCGACGCCGCGGACCGGACCAUGGGGAUGGGCCACGACGCCAGGGAGGCGACCAGGGACAGGGCGUGCCGUGCCAAGGACGCGGCCUCCGACGCCGCGGAGGCCGCCGGGGAGAAGGCCUCCGAGGCCAGGGACCGCGCCCGCGACGGCGCGCAGCAGACCGGGAGCUACGUCGCGCAGACGGCCGAGGCCGCGAGGCAGAAGGCGGCCGGCGCCGCGCAGUACGCCAAGGAGACCGUGGUGGCCGGCAAGGACAAGACCGGCGCCCUCCUGCAGCAGGCAGGGGAGAAGGUGAUGAACACGGCGGUGGGGGCCAAGGACACGGUUGUCAGCACGGCGGUGGGAGCCAAGGACGCGGUGAUGAACUCGCUCGGCAUGGCCGGCGAGAACAACGACGGCACCACAACCACCAACGCCGGCAAGGACACCAGCACCCGCAAGCCUGGCAGGGACUAUUAGAAGACGGGUGGACGACAGCCAAACUUACUUCUCAGUGUUUCCGUUUCAAAAGUUUCUGAUCCCAUCAAUUAGGUUCAAAAGUUUCCAUUUCAUUUCAAGAUUUCAGUGUACGAGUCACACUUAGGUUUGAUUUCGAGUUGGUGUUUCUCUAUUUCUGUUUCUGUGGAGGCUGGAGGCUGUAACCUUUUCAGGGCAGGGGUCGUUUGGAAUUGCGUCAACACUGAAGCCUCUGUGCUUUUCGUCUCAAUGAUGUAUAUAUGAAAUAAUAAAGUUGCAAAGCUGUUGUUUUGUUUUCAUUUA